GGGCGUGCACGGCCCGUCUGUGUCUGCGCGUGCGCAGCUGUCCUGUGUCUCCGCGUGGUCGUUCCCGGUUGUCACGUCUGGUGUUCCGGGUUUCUGUUGUUCGUGGGAGUCCUGCCGGAAGUGUGGCAGAAAGGGCAAUGUGGAGUCUAAGGGUGGCUUGUCGCAGUGCUGCGUUGUGCUUAGAGGGCAGGCGAGGCGUUUUCCCUGCCUUUCCUCUUGUCUCUUCCUUGGGUCAGGCGGUCGGAUGUAGGGAGGCGAGGGGCGGUUGCUGCAGAUGCGGCCCAGCCUCGUGGUGAGCUGAGGAUGAGUUUAAGAUCGUUAUUGGUUAAGAACCAGUAACGUGUUACUGGUUGUCGCUGAAAUAUUUUGUGUUUAAAAUGUGGCUGUGUGUCCGGAGGUAUAAAAUUAUUCACUUAAAAAACAAAAGCUCUCCUGAGAUUCCCACCCAAGCCAGAACUCCGACCAAAGGGACUUUUAACAGCUGAACAAAGGGCUAUUGCUACUGCGGUACUGACCAACGCGUUAAAAAACAAAUAAUAAUAAAAUAAUAUAAAGAUACCCUGAAGCAGGCACGUAUUGAUUUUAGCAAUCACCGAAAAGAACGCUUAAAAACUACGAGGGCUGUUUUAUUUUAGCCGGUUUGCUAACUGCCCCGUUUUUGUCGAGUUUUGUCUUUAGCAUCAGGUGACGUAUGCUCUCCCCACACCAAAUAGUCUUUGUCAGUAUUAUUCAGUUUUGAGUCUUGUAAUCCCAUCUGUUAACCUAUAUCCAUGAAUUAACCAUCCAGCUUUUUGUUUUUUUAAAGAUACGCUAAAGUAAAGUCUCACACUUAGCGUUCUGUCUGUAAUGUUCUUAAAUACUUGUUAAACUUGGAUUAGUGAAUGAAAAUGUGCCGUGGGCAUCACUGCUGGGCGGGAAGGAGCCCCAGACUCGCUGCCAUAGAGAUUUAUGACUCAAACUAAAACCUAGUGUGUUCAAAAGUGCCAUGUUUUACAUAAUUGCAUCAAAUUCAUACACUGUAUUACGUAGUAGACAGUCGGAGCGGAAGCUAUCUUGGUAAAGUCUAGCCAAAAUAAGACAGCCAGCUAGUAUUUCAUGUGUUGUUCAAUACGUAUAGCUUAUUUAAUUAAAGGUUAAGAAACUCACCCAGCACAGUGUUUCAAGAAUUGAUAAAACACAUUUAUGUUAGGACUAGUUCAUGAUAGGCUGCUCAAAAAUGUUACUAUUUUGUGAUAGGUCAAGUUAAAUUUAACUGGAGACUUUUUAGAUGUGAAAGACAAAGGCUCCCCCUGGUGUAAGAGCUGUAAAACAGGGCUUUUGUAAUUCUUUACAGUAUAGCUAGCUCAACACUUCAGAAUUUUGAACAACAUAGAGAACUACUGAAAAAUUGCCACAGAUAAACAGAAAUAUGUUCUCUUGGAAAUUUGUUUCAUAAAAUGAUUUCCUGUCAAUUUCAAUUCUGCUUUUAAGUUUGCAUGCUCAAUGAGAAUUGUUUGUUUGUUUGUUUUACACUAUCCAUGGCUUUGGGUAUAUACAUUUUUGAGUUUUAUUUAAUGCCUUUAGAGCCAUCUGUCAACAGUGUCCAGUCAGCACUAUCCCUUCAGAAUUACCCCUACUCUCAAGGUUUUAAGUUACUGGGAGGUGUUGGUGUUGGAGCUGGGUUUGAGUCAGAAUGCCACAAUUUCAUUCAUCUCUUUGAGAUGCCUUGUUUCAUAGGAAUUACUAGAGACAAGAAGAGUUAGUAACUUUGAUUUUACUUUCUUCAUUUUCUUUUAAAAAUCGUUUGAAAUACCAUAUCUGCUCACUUAUUUAUCCUGUCAGUUUGAAAUACGAGUCAACUAAGUCUCAAGUAAUGUGACUGCACUUUGAAAGAGUGAGAAGCAGAGUAAAACUGCUGUUUAAGUUCUGCAGAAGUUAUUCUCAGUAUUACAUCGUGAAGAGUAACUGGUGUUUUGGUUGUUUGUUUGUUUGGCUUAGAUUAACUAGUUAGCUCUGUAAGAAAGAAGAAUCUCAGAAUGUUUCUUAAGGCCAUACUCCAUUUAGUAAAUUAUGCUUAGUCUGAGGUAGGGACAAAUAGGCAAACACUUGUAAGCUUUGUUAUUAGUAAUGUAUUAAAGAGAAACGACAUUUCAGUAUAGUUAGCCUCCCCUCAGUCAGCAAGCUGAGUUCUAGCUGUUAUGGAUAAAGAUGUGUGUGGUUGGAUUUAAAUGAAGAUUUAUUUUGGUCAGCACUAAGAAUUUUGCAGACUGAUUACAGAAUCAAUUUUUAUAUUGUUUUUAGCCAUAACUAAAGUGCUUACAGAUAGAUAUACAGUGACAUUUAUUAGAGAGAACUUGUCUAUAUCAUUCAAGUUAGAAAAUACAGAUAUCUAUGAACAGAAGUGGAAGAUGUGUAUUUAUAUGUGCUUUAAUAAAUAAUAGUAUUUGCAUUGAGUCUCAGAUUUAAAAUAUAACAAUUACUUCUCAUCAAUAAGUAAUUUUGGAAAUACCAUUUUUACUGGCUAUUUAGUAUGAAUAAACAACCUAUAUUAUAGAAGAACCAUAGUUUGUUUAAUCUUUGCUGACACUCAAGUAAGUUCUGACUUUUCAUAUUUAAAAAUGUUAGAAUGAAUAAAUUAUGAUGCAAAUUUUAAUGUAUGUUUCUGACUUGCUUAUAGUAAUUUAUUGUAAGAAGAUACAUUGCUGGGUCAGAAAGUGUCUGCAGUAGUUUAAAUUCUUUGUUGUUGUGAUAAAACACUCCAACCAAAAGCAAGUUAGAGGAAGGGUGUCUCUGGCUUAUGUUUCUAGAUCACAGUUCAUCACUGAGGAAAGUCAGGGCAUGAUCUAAAGCAGAAACCAUGGAGUCUGCAUGUCAGCUUACUCCAUUGCUCAUACUUAGUUAGCUUUCUUAAAUGGCCCAGGACCACCAGCCUAGGGGUGGCACUACCCACAUUAAUAAACAAUCAAGACAGUUCUUCACAGACAUGGCCACAGAUCUUCUGGGCAGUGUCUGUGUUGUUACCUCUCCCCCCAUCCACAAUUGAGCCUUCCUCACAUAACUCUGAGCUUGGGCUAUGUCACCUUGACAGCUAAAGCUAACUAGGACACUGUCGGUUCAUUUACAACUUUCAAAACAUACUGCAUUCUGGAAAAAAACAUAUGAAAAAACAUAUGAAGGUUGUGAAUAUUAUAUGUAAACCCUCUAUUUCUAUAGUCCUUCCAGUACUGUUAGUGAAUGGUAUUUAAUUCAUGUCAAAUGAUAGUUAAAGAUCUUUGCCAGUAAACAGAAUUUAUAUGAAUUUGUAUUGUUAUCGGUGAUAGAGGUUAACAUCUGGUGGUCUCUAUUGGCCAAAGUUAUUUUACUUUGUAAGUUAUUGAUUCAUGUAAAAAAUUUUGCUUUUCAAAUUUUUCAGAGACAGCGAAUAUGUCAUCUGAAAUGCUGCCAUCAUCCAUUGAGCCUCCUAAGGUGGAAAUAAAGCCAGGCGCGAGUGACGGUGAGGAGGAGAGACAGAAGCCGAGAGCGGAUGCAGGGCCUGAGCCAAUAUCUAAACGACAGCUGAAGAAGCUGAUGAAACAGAAACAAUGGGAAGAGCAGCGGGAACAGCGCAAGGAAAAACGAAAAGAAAAACGCAAGAGAAAGAAAUUAGAACGACGUCAGCUGGAGUCCAACUCAGAUGGAAAUGACAGGAAACGCAUUCGAAGACAAGUUGCUCGUAGCAGCCUCCGCCUGAUCAUCGACUGCAGCUUUGAUGACUUGAUGGUGUUAAAGGAUAUUAAGAAACUUCAUAAACAGAUUCAACGAUGUUAUGCAGAAAACCGCCGAGCAUCUCAUCCAGUGCAGUUUUACUUGACAAGUCAUGGAGGCCAGCUGAAGAAGAACAUGGAUGAGAAUGACCAAGGCUGGGUCAACUGGAAGGAUAUUCACAUCAAAUCAGAGCACUAUAGUGAACUCAUAAAAAAAGAAGACCUGGUCUAUCUGACGUCGGACUCACCUAAUGUACUGAAGGACUUAGAUGAGUCCAAGGCCUAUGUGAUUGGAGGCCUAGUGGACCACAACCAUCACAAGGGACUCACAUUUAAACAAGCAUCCAGUUACGGAAUUGAACACGCACAGCUUCCUCUUGCAGAUUUUGUGAAGAUGAAUAGUCGAAAAGUCCUGGCGGUUAACCAUGUGUUUGAAAUUAUCCUGGAGUUCUUGGAAACAAGAGACUGGCAAGAGGCAUUUUUUACAAUCUUGCCCCAACGGAAGGGAGCUAUUCCUGCACACACAGCCUGCGAAAGCUCUCCUCAGGACCACCAGUCCCUGCCAGAAGGAUGGGACAGUGCCAGCGAGGGAGAGCAUUGCAGGGAUGAUCCUGACUCACCACAGAAAGAGGAGCAGGACCAGCAAAGCAGCCCAGUUUCUGCAGUGAGCCCUGCCCCACAGUAACCUUCCCUUCUCCUCUUGCUCAAGAGAAACUACACAGUGCGGUGCUUCACAGCAUGCUCAGACUACGAGAAAAUUUUCUUUUGUGGAAUUUUAAAUCUUUUAAAAGAGUUAAAUGAUAAUGAAAAACCCUUUGAGCAGUAAGAAAGGUUUAUUUGGUUUGGGGUAAGAAGACUUAAAGGUAUGAUUUCAAAAUUGCUUUAAGCUUCAAAUCAGUCAUGGAGGAUGUUAUAUGCAGGUCUGCCUCCGUUCAUCACUCACUAUUCACUGGAGCGUAUCCUCAGGGCGUGCCUUCUGACCUUUGAGCUUGGCUCAUUCGUGUUCCUACCUGUGUCUUUUUGGUCUGAUGUCUAUUUGUGGGAGCAGAUAUUCAUACUGUCCUGUGAGUCUCUAGAAUGCUGAACUUGGGAAGCUAUGCUUUUUUCUGUGGCUUCGGUGUUCAACUUUCUCUAAGAAAUACAUUAAUUCUAGGAGACUAUCAGUUGUUUGCUGGGCUCAACAAUUCAGUUUUUUGGACAACGAAGUCUAUUCCUGUGCCUCUCUUAGGAUAUCUUAUGUUUCUGAAAUAGUCACAAGAAUAAUCUUUAAUCCUGUAAUGACAAUAAUUUAUUCAAUUACACAAGUAAGUUUUGCUGGCUAGAUUAUUUUAUAAGUUUAUUUUUGAAGGAUCAAUUUGUCUUUAUUUACCUCAGUUUAAAACAAAAAAAAAAGUUAUCCUUUCCCUUUAUUUUCCAUAUAUAUAACAUAUUUCCUUAAUGUUAGCUUUUAAUGUGAAUAUUAUACAUUUGCCUCCUACUAUAAUAUUCCAACUAAUGUAAAUGUCUUUCUGUAAAUAACAGGCAUGUAGGAAAAUGUGCAUGUAAUAGUGUUUACAUCUGUCCAUAUCACAUUUAGCUUUCAUGCCUUAAUCACAUUGACAGGACUAAUAUGUAUUGUUUGUGGAAUGGUUGUGUUGAAUUCACUAGUUUGAAUUCAUUAAAUGGGAAUUGAACAGUGGUUUAGAAACUGAUGGAGACAGAGCAGAGGGAUGCUGUUGGCUUCUGCACAGUAUUUGCAGAUCACGUGAUCCUUACACACGUGCCAUGCAACUCCAGGAGCUCUCACUGAACUGUGUUAAGUCAGUUUCUGGUCUUUUCUCUUUAUUAUAUAGUGCAUGUGCUCAUUAGAUUUGGUAUUGACGUUCACUGCCUAUUUUUGUUGCUUUAUUCUUAGUUACCAAUUGUAGCUAGCUCUUUCAAAGUUUAUAAAUGAAGUAUAUAAACAGUCAUAUUAUAGUUCUAAAUGAAUAAAGUUCAUGUUGUUACUGUA